CGGCGGAGCGGCGGCGCGGGGAGCCAUGUCCGGGCGCGGGAAGCAGGGCGGCAAGGCGCGCGCCAAGGCCAAGUCGCGCUCGUCGCGGGCCGGGCUGCAGUUCCCCGUGGGCCGCGUGCACCGGCUGCUGCGCAAGGGCAACUACGCGGAGCGCGUGGGCGCCGGCGCGCCGGUGUACCUGGCGGCCGUGCUGGAGUACCUGACGGCCGAGAUCCUGGAGCUGGCGGGCAACGCGGCCCGCGACAACAAGAAGACGCGCAUCAUCCCCCGCCACCUGCAGCUCGCCAUCCGCAACGACGAGGAGCUCAACAAGCUGCUGGGCAAGGUGACGAUCGCGCAGGGCGGCGUGCUGCCCAACAUCCAGGCCGUGCUGCUGCCCAAGAAGACCGACAGCCACAAAGCAAAGAGCAAGUGAAACAAAUCCGAGGAGCGUUCCCACCUCAAAAGUAACCCAAAGGCUCUUUUCAGAGCCACCCACUUCGUCAUAAAAGGAGCUGUACAUCCUAGCAAAAAACGUGCUAAAAACUCCCCUCCGUACCCUCAAAAAAGCAAAUAAUCCCCUCUCAAACACUCAAGGUCCUUUUAAUCUUUGCUCUUGUAAAAAAUCGGGAAACGGCCCCAAACACUUUGUAUCUUAGCUUUUAAAUUGAAAUCAAAAUUUUGAACAAUUACUGUGUAAUAAAAUACGUCACUUUGUGUUGAUGGCGGUUAGAAAGCUUGU